GCCCAGGGCGGGCGCGGGCGAAGCGGAGCCGAGCCCAGCCGGCAUGUGCGAGACGUACUCGCGGUGGCUGCUGCGGGUAUCGGUGGCGCAGAUCUGUCAGGCGUUGGGCUGGGAUUCGGUGCAGGUUUCGGCCUGCGAUCUCCUCACCGAUGUGCUGCAGCGGUACCUGCAGGGAUUGGGCCGGGGCUGCCACCGCUACUGCGAGCUCUAUGGCCGCACAGAUCCAAUUUUGGAUGACGUAGGGGAUGCCUUUAAGCUCAUGGGGGUUAAUCUACAUGAACUAGAAGACUAUAUACACAAUAUUGAACCUGUGACUUUCGCACAUCAAAUCCCUUCAUUUCCCGUCAGCAAGAACAAUGUCCUACAGUUUCCUCAACCUGGGAGUAAAGAUGCAGAAGAAAGGAAAGAAUAUAUCCCAGACUAUCUGCCACCUAUUGUUUCUUCUCAAGAAGAAGAGGAAGAGGAGCAAGUACCAACUGAUGGAGGUACAUCUGCGGAGGCCAUGCAGGUGCCGCUGGAAGAAGAGGGAGAUAUGGAAGAGGACGAGGCAAUUAAUGAUGAAAAUUACUUGAGCAAGAGACCGUUAGAAAGUCCUGAUGCUGAAGAGUUUCCACCCAUGAAACGACCAAAACUGUCCGUUUCUAAAGGAGACACUCUAGAUGGAGCUUUGGAACCACGUGAGCCUCUUAGCUCAAUAAACACUCAAAAAGUACCUCCAAUGCUUUCUCCAGUUCAUGUUCAGGACAGUACAGACUUAGCCCCUCCUUCACCAGAACCACCAAUGUUGGCUCCUAUUGCAAAAUCACAAGUGCCAACCCCCAAGACAUUAGAGUCAAAGCCGCUUGCACCCAAGACAAAGUCCAAAACAAGUUCUCCAGGACAAAAGACAAAAUCACCUAAAACUACUCCCUCACCAGUGGUUGCUGGAAGUCCCAUACGUUCACCAAAAACUGGAUCCAAAGAAAAAAAGUCACCAGGUCGCGCCAAGAGCCCAAAAAGUCCCAAAAGUCCAAAGGCUCCUGUUCAUGUUCCCCCACCACCUGUUAAGCCCGAAACACCAAGUAGAACCCCUCUGGCUGCAUUAAGUGACAAAAUAGGAAAGGAAAACAUUCAAGUAAAACAAGGACAGACACCACCCGAGCCUGUGACCAAGCCAAAUAUUGAAAACCAGACUAAGAAAUUACCAGUGAUGGACAAGACUAUUGAUGAUUCAAUAGAUGCUGUGAUUGCUCGUGCAUGUGCUGAACGAGAACCCGAUCCCUUUGAGUUUUCCUCUGGUUCUGAGUCAGAAGGGGAAAUUUUUACCAGUCCGAAAAGACUUUCUGUUUCGGAGACUACAACUACAACUCCUAAACCUUCUGUUUCUGCUAAUUGUUCUAAUAAGGCAGGAGCAACUCCGGUACCUCCAUCAGGUGGGACUUCAAGUUCAGACAUUUCAUGGACAAUGGAUGACUCGAUUGAUGAGGUCAUUCGAAAGGCAAACAUGGGAACACCUUCUAAUCCACCUGCGAACUUCGCUUACUUCUCUUCUCCUUCUGCUUCACCACCAACUCCAGAACCUCUUCUCAAAGUCUAUGAGGAGAAAACCAAGUUGGCCUCAUCUGUAGAAGUAAAAAAGAAACUGAAGAAAGAGCUGAGGACAAAAAUGAAGAAGAAAGAGAAACAAAAGGAAAAAGAUAAAGAGAAAAACAAGGAGAAAAACAAGGAGAAGGAAAAGAACAAGGAAAAGGAUAAAGACAAGGAAGCAAACAAGGAGGCAAAGUUUCAGUGGAAGGAACUUCUCAAAGAUGAUGAACAUGAUCCCUAUAAAUUCAAACUAAAAGACUUUGAGGAUGCUGACACAAAAGUAAAGUUGAAAGAUGGCAAUACCAAAAAAGAGAAAGAAAAACAUAAAGAUAAGAAGAAAGAGAAGGAGAAAGGCAAAAAAGACAAGGAUAAGAAAGACAAAGAGAAAGUUAAAGAUAAGAGUAAGGAAGAUAAGAUAAAGCCUCCAUCAGCACCUCUUGUGUUACCUCCCAAAGAAAUGUCUUUGCCCUUGUUCAGCACACCAACUGCCAUGAGACUUCCCAGCAUGUUACCUUCCUUGUCUCCUAUGCUUCCUGAAAAGUUGUUUGAGGACAAAGAAAAACCAAAAGAGAAGAAAAAAGACAAAAAAGAGAAGAAGAAAAAGAAAGAAAGGGAGAAAGAUAAAGAAAAGGAAAAGAAGGAUAAGGAAAAGGAGAGGAAGGAAAGAGAGAAGAAGGAGAAAGAAAAAGAGAAACAUAAACAUGAAAAGAUAAAGGUGGAACCAGUUGUUCCGGCUCCAUCACCAGUUAUUCCUCGGCUGACACUAAGAGUGGGUGCAGGCCAAGACAAGAUAGUCAUCAGCAAAGUGGUGCCAGCCCCAGAGGCCAAACCUGCUACUCCUGUGAGCCGGCCCAAAACACCUCCCCCUGUGCCAUCGCCUGUACCAGCUCCUGUGCACGUCACCCCUCCUCCAGCUCCAGCUCCUGCUCCUCCACAGCCUACAGUCUCACCUGCCCUACUUCCACCAGCAUCCCCAGCCGUCUCUGCAGCUGGAGGCUCCAAAGCACCUGUUAGGAGCGUGGUGACUGAGACCGUCAGUACUUACGUGAUUCGAGAUGAAUGGGGUAACCAGAUCUGGUUCUGUCCUGGCUGUAACAAGCCAGAUGAUGGCAGUCCAAUGAUAGGUUGUGAUGACUGCGAUGAUUGGUAUCACUGGCCUUGCGUCGGAAUUACGGCUGCACCCCCAGAAGAGAUGCAAUGGUUCUGCUCCAAGUGUGCCAACAAGAAGAAGGAUAAAAAACACAAGAAAAGGAAGCACAGAGCACACUGAAGACUUGGCCGUGGAUUGAAGUCGUGCGGUCGCUUCAGCGCUUCUGCCCUGACUCCGUCACAGAGGGAUGCGGUGUGCUCGCGUCUCACCCUCCGUCAUCGGGUGUUAUGGGUUUGACUCUGGAGUGAACUGGGGGCAAGGAUCGAUUGUCCGUUCGGGGGCUGUUGCGUUUCUCAGGCUGUGCGAGCCCAGGGGGGUGGAUUUGGGUACAUUCUGAUGCUGUCUUUCACCUACGGAGGGCUGUUUUUUGCACAGAGCUGUGUGAGGACUUCAGUAGUUAAUGGUGCCGCUCCUGUGGCUCGGCAGCAACAAAGAUGAAUGUUGUAAAUACAGAUAGCUGUCCUAUUCUUGAUUUGUUUUUUAUUCCUCUGAAACCUUUGCGGUAAGGUGCUGAGAGGAGACGAAAAUGUAAAUUGCAGUAAUUGUAAACCUAGAAGACCUUUCUGGAAUGAUUUCUUUAGUCUGGGUGAAGUUCAGCCUCUACUCCUGCUGAGCCAGAUAAUCAUAACGUGGAAAUAAAAAGUGGCUGGUAAAUAUUUUUGUGACAAGAAUAUAAGAAGCUUUUUCCCUUGAUUUUUAGUACUAACAUAAAAUAAACAUGUUCAAGCUUU